AUGAUGAGCUCUCCAGCAGCCUUGCUGACCUGCGAUCCAUUCCCGCGCUGCCAGUGGCUGAGCACCUGCAGCAACGUCACAGCAUCACAGAACCGCGAAAUCACAGCAUCACACCAUAACAGCAGUAACGCCACAGCUCCACAGAAUCGCAAAAUGACACCAUCUCAGCAUCUGCAGCAACGCCACAGCAUAACACAUCUGCAGCCCCCCACAGCGCCACAAGGUUACAGCACUAUCAAGUCCCACGCGGAUCACAGCAUCCCAGAUUUGCAGCCCGGCCAUGCCAUCCGGCUCUUCGGAAAUACAAUAGCACAGCACCACCAGAUCACAAUCACAGCCUCACAGCACCACCAAGAUCACAAGCCCCUACAGCCUCACCAGAUCACAGCCUCACAGCAUUACCAGAUCACAGCCUCACAGAUGAUCAUCCACCAUAGAUCACUAAGCCUCACAGCACCACCAGAUCACAGGCCUCACAAGCCACCACCAAAAAGAUCACAGACCUCACAGUACUCCUACCAGAUCACAGCCUCACAGCACCCUACCAGAUCAAAGCCUCACCGCAACACCAGAUCACAGCCCUCACAGCAUCACCAGAACACAAGCCUCACAGCACCUACCAGAUCACAGCCUCACACCUCACAGCAUACCAGAUCACAGGCCUCACAGGAUCACCACCAGAUCAAAGCCUCACAGCACCACCCAGAUCACAGCCUCACAGCACCACCAGAUCACAGCCUCACAGCAUCAACACGAUCAAAGCCUCAGCACAUGAUACAGCUCACAGGGCACACAGAUCACAGGCCUCACAGCAUCCACCGAAUCACAGCCUCACAGCAUACCGAUCACAAGCCUCACAAGCACCACCAGAUCACAAUCACAGCCUCACAGCAACACCAAUCACAGCCUCAACAGCACCCCAGAUCACAGCUCACAGCACCACUAGAGAUCACAGCCUCAAAGCACCACCAGAUCACAGCCCUCACAGCACCACCAGAUCACAGCCUCCACCCAGCCAAUCACACCUCACAGCAUCACCAGAGCCAGCCUCACAGCAUCACAAGAUCACAGCCUCACAAUCACAGCCUCACAGCACCACCAGAUCAUAGCCUCACUGCAUCACCAGAUCACAGCCUCACAGCACCACCAGAUCAAAACCUCACAGAACCACCAGAUCACAGCAUUACCAGAUCACAGCCUCACAGCACCACCAGAUCGCAGCCUCACAGCAUCACCAGAUCACAGCACCACCAGAUCACAGCAUUACCAGAUCACACAUACAGCACCACGAAAUCACAGCAUCAUCACAGCCUCACAGCACCACCAGAUCAUAGCCUCACUGCAUCACCAGAUCACAGCCUCACAGCACCACCAGAUCAAAACCUCACAGAACCACCAGAUCACAGCAUUACCAGAUCACAGCCUCACAGCACCACCAGAUCGCAGCCUCACAGCAUCACCAGAUCACAGCACCACCAGAUCACAGCAUUACCAGAUCACACAUACAGCACCACGAAAUCACAGCAUCGUAGCGACACCAGAUCACAGCCUCACAGCAUCGGGACACGACGCACCCGCUACCCCGUUCACACGAAGCUCCGCACUGGCAGGCGCUGGGCAGGUGGUGCGGCGGCGGAGACACUGCCCCUCACAUUCGCUCAGUGGUUGUGGCCCUGCCCUCGUCUGCGUGUGGUUUUGGUCCCAUCGCCGGAGGGUAUGGUGGGCUCUUACACGUCGCUGCCUCCGGGCGUGGCGGCCACAGUUCCGCGCCGGAUCCUCCUCAGGGACUCGUGGGUCAAGCACGCGGCCGGGCCCCCGGAGGAGGCGUCGGCGGAGGCCACGGAGUCCAGCACAGCCGAGCCUAUGAGCUCUCCGCCGCCUUUCACGUCGCCCUCGACGCGCCCCUCGCUGAUCGCCAGGGAAGGCCCCCGUAGUCCGCCGUUGGCAUCGCCGCCCUGCCUUUCGCCCGACCUGCCGCGCCCCUUCGAGCGGUUCCGCAGCGCAAGCACACGCGAAUCACGGACGGCGCCGCGCCCCGCGUCCGUCGUGCUCACCACAUACAUCUCGACGGCUGCCAAGGACGAGUUCCAGGGCCUGUCCGGGAAGGUGUCACGCACCAAGGCUUUCUUCGAGUCCUCGCCUCUGCAGGUCAAGGGCUCGUCGGGCGAGGGGGAGGAAGCCGACCGCCAGGAGACCGAUCUCCCGCCCGACACCCUUGUCACCUACACCUUCAGGAACCCGCUUAGGACGUCACCCAAACCGCGGCCGCUCCGACGCUACCGUAACACACUCAGUUCUUUUCCGCGCUGGGCCGACCUCGCCGAUUCUUCUGCAGGAGGCGACAACGACAUUACCGCGCCCCCAAGGAAGCCCGGCUACGACAGUGCCCCCGAGGGCGAGGCCAGGGCGCCGGAGGAAGUGAUCAUCAAGAGAGUGCGGCCCGUGGUCUCGCGACGCCGUCACGGCACCAUCGUCGGCAUUCUGAAGAACGCCUCUUGCCCCCCCGCCGACGACACAACCCAAGCAGUAGCAAGCGAGGAGCGCGAAAUCGCCGGCGGGGGCGCGAAGGAGGGGUCGGGCGGGGGGGCGAGCGACGUCGGGGGGGAGGCUCGCGCGGAGGCCGGGGGAGGGGGAGGGGGAGGCCCCGGCCGCCCCGCGCCCGCCUCGGGACUCAGUUCGGACCGGGACGCUGAGCGGUCGAGACACGCGGCUCCCUGCAGUCCCCUUCCUUCGUGCCGCUGCGACCACGCGACCCUUGUGCCCGGCGCGCGAGCGAGCGAGUGCCACGAAACGAGUGCCGCCGCGGGCCAUGAGCCAGACGGCGACGACAUGGUAGUGCCAGGUGACGCGGGCGUGCAGGCGGCGCCCCGCGUGGUGGCCGCCUGCAUUAAAUCGUACCACGACAUCCCAGAGGAGCUCUUCAACAGCCUGCAGGAGAGUUCCGUGGACCCUUCCCCCUCCCCGCCCCCGCCCGCCAAACAGGAUCCCUCGCCCGUCGCCGCCCUCCCUCCUCCCGCCCCGCCCACGCCCGCGCCUCGUAGUGACUGGAAGACUAUGCGCGACGGGCGGAGGGCGCUCCUGGCGGGCGGCGACGAGGCCAGCGACGUGGACACGGAGGAGGGCAGCGAGCUAGACGGCGGGGGCGGCGCCGCGUCCACCAGCGACUACCACACGAGCGACGGGCGCGGCUCGUCCCUCUCGGGCGCCAGCGACGACCACCACAAGCACGACCCUGUGCAGCGACAUGCGGACGACCACCUCAUCUACGCCACCAACGGGUCCAGCUACAUCACGCAAGGUAGGUCGUCCUGCAGUCAAGUUCCCAGGGCGGACGGCGUGCUACUGGCGCCAGUCUACCCUUGCAGUUUCAUUGUAAAUGUUUCCUUAGCGACAGACAGACAGACAGACAGACAGACAGACAGACAGACAGACAGACAGACAGACAGACAGACAGACAGACAGACAGACAGACAGACACUCAGACAGACAGACAGAGGUGAAGAACCGCCAUCGGUGUCAACGCCUUCAGAAGGUCACGUGACACAAGGUGUUUGUUACGCCGCAGGGUCAUUAAAUGGACCUUGUUCUCCUUCAGACCAGCGUGUGAAGCCUUAA